AUGAUCAACGACUUCAUCUGCUGCACUGAUACUCUGUCAACGUGCGAGAAGAGAGAAAAGAAGGCACUUUCGUCGGUGAUUUUCGGUGGCACCAAAUUUGUGUUGGAGAAGGUUAUGGAGAAUAAAAACUGUUUGCUUCAGAAACUCAUACAAAACCAGUCGAGGCAAGAUUAUCCAAUCCCACUGAAGCCGUAUUGGCUUCAACAUUAUCUCAGGGUUAAGAAAUACUAUGGCCGGAAAAUGGCGGAUUCUGGUUCGAUUAUGUUAAAGUUUAGAUGUGCUCGUGUUGUCAAUAUAAAUGCUAAAAAUUUCAUUGACCUCUUGAUUGAUGAAGAUGAUACGGAAGAAGAUUCAGAAAGUUCCCCUGAUGUUUCAUCUAAUUAG